AUGACAGAGGUGCAGGAGAUGAUGGGCAUGCUGCCAUCGCUACUGCAGGCCGAGUCGGAAGGGCAAGGCCAGGAGGGGUCGGCGGCGCUGCAAGAUGGCGCCGCGGGUGCGGCGGAAAUGGGGGUUCCGCCGAGCAGCCACCGAGAGCUGUGUCCUGCGGUGGUCGUCAGGGAGGGCAACACUGCUGGAGGAGAGAGCAGCAGUAGGCCGGGCGUGGAAGGCGCCCUGGUGCGGGAUGUGGAGGUCCCUGCUGCAGGUGGGUUUGGUGCAUUCCAAGACACCAACUCUCUUCGUAGUAUGUUCGGCAGUGCUUGCGUACAGCAGCCUGCUGCCGGAGACACUGGUGAGAGUGUCACAGCAACCGAUCAAUCCAUUCAGGGGAGGUCGGGUGGAGAAUGCAGCACGGACGGAAGGGUCGUGUCCACUGUUCUGCCUUGCUGUAGUAGCGGGCGGGGCGCACAGAAGUCGCCGAAAUUGAUGAACGGACGGAGGGGCCGUGAAGUCGCGCAGUUUUGGCGCGCAUUCCAUCUGCGGUAAGGCGGUGGAGCACCAGGACGGUAGAGAGACCGUUGGGCAGGAUUGCCGGAGACACUCAACCAUGGAUCGACCGCGCGACGGCGCGGGGGGGGGGGGGCGCCGUACAUGCUUGAUGCUGGCGGUGUUUUGUUAAGUCGAUCCAAGGCCGGCAGUAGAGGCCGGGUACGCCCUACCACGGUUGACACGCGCGACGGCACGUCGGGGGGUGGGCGCCGAUCACGCGGGAGCGGGCGGCGUUUUUUUACCACAGCACGGACGGAGGGGCCGGGCCGUGGCUGUUCUGCCUCGUCAUAGGAGCGGGGGGAGUAGCAUAUUAAGUCGCGCGGAGGUGGCGCGCAACCAUCAGCCGGAGGUGGGUGGUGGAACGGGGCACAGCUAAGUGGGUGUCAUCAAAGUCGCGUGGGGAGGUGCCGCGCGCAUUUCAUCAGCCGGGAACGAGCGGUGGAGACAAGAAUGCGUCAGGAUGGACGUGAGGAAUUAAAGGCGUGCUUCGCCAUCAAGAUGUGUUGGUGGAGUAGUUGGAAUAAGCUUGGAUUUUGUUGUCUUGUUUUGUGUGGAGGUACCAGUUUGAGGUCGUGAUGAAAUCAAGCAACUUGUAUUCGAGGAAAUUCUGUUCACUGUUGCGUGUUUCUUUCCGCCGUCAUUUGCGCGUUGUCUUGCACCCAAAUCGUGGUUGUUCUGAAUGUUUGUGUUCGUCGUUAUGCCAUUAGUGCAUCCUUCGCCGGUGACGUUGUGUUGCUGGUGAUGAUGGCAAAGUGUCGGGGGGUAGAGACGUUCACGUUGGUAGAAUUUGUCACCAUCACUCAUGUGUGGGGGCUACGCGGUUAUAUGUGACCCACGGCCUAAGUAGGAGGCGCAACAAGUGUUUUGUUUACCUGAGUUGUUGCAGAACAAGGGAGGGUGGAAACGGGCGUGUUUCUUUUGAGAAUGUUACGCUUGAAGAGUACGCCCGGUCUUGGUAUUAUGCAACUUGACAGGUUGGUGUGUCGGGCAGGUAUGCAGUUGUUAGUGGAAGUCGAUUUUGUUUUCACGUACGGAAGCAUGUUGGUUGUGUCUGUUUUGGGAAGCGACAUCUAGGUGAUGGCCAUGUGCGUGUUCCUCUGGGCGCCGGUGUUGCGCAAGGGAGGGCACUAGGCUUAGGUUCCUGGUGUGCUUGUCUAUAAUGCAGACAGCGUAGAUGCUUGGGGUUCGUAGUACAGCGUUACCAAGUUGUGGGGGGGCGUUUGUGUUUUGCGUAGUUGUGCUUGAAGGUUCAGUAGCAAGUUGAUGUAUCCUUGAUUGAAGGAGAACUGAGGAUUGAUUUGGUAGUUUGCAGAUGGUGGACCUUGUUUGAAGCAGGCUACAUUCGGCAGGUUGUAUAUUUCUCAAAAGCGGGCAUCCUUUGGAGAAUCGAGUUUGAUUGGUUUUUCAGUUGGAAACAGGUCAUGAUUUUGAGUUCGUGUAGGAUUGCAGAUGGUUGAACCGAAGGCAGGGAGAACGUACCUGUUCGAUGCAGUUUUCGUGUGGAAUGCAGAUAGACAGGGAGGGCGUUGCCUGUAUGUGUGUGACACCUGAAGAGUCAGUUGGUGCUGCACAGCAAGGAGUUCGUUCCAUCAUGUCGGAAGGAUUUGUCAGAGGCGUUGCUCGAGGUAGUAGAGCGUUGCCUAGAAUUUGUAAUCCGAGCGUCUGGAGUGGUUUUAUCUUUGUCUUCUUGCAGUACGGCCGUUGGAAUCAUUGGUGAUAUGGACGGCUAUUGGAUUUUGUUUGAGCCGUUGGAAUCUUUCGUGAUAUGAUCGGCGUGAGGCGUUGAAUUUCUGAGGGGUUUUGAUCCGGUGGCCGGGUUUCCCCUUUACUUUUGGUUUGUCUCGAAAAGUAGCCGUUACGUAGGACGCAGCUGGGACAACUUGAAGGACAGCACUUCAGACAGCAGAAUGCUGUAGUCGGCAAUCUUCCGUUUUGGUAUAGAGUGGGACAGGGAGGGGUUGAUGCUACUGCUGUAGUCGAACGGUGGGACGGACGUGCAGUUCAGUUUUUGGGCACGCAUACGGUGCUGCAGGGAUUUUUAGGUGUACCUCUUCGGGCUCUUGGAUACAUUUUUCCCGUUAUAUGUGUGCGUGUUCUUUAGAUCU